AUGGCCUCAAAACCGGCGUUGGAAUACUUCCCCAGGGUGCAAAAGGAAUUCAAGCCUCCUUUGAUCGCCAACGAGAACGCCUUCCUCGGCGAUGUCGUGAGCAGCGAUAAGAUUGACCCCGAGAAGCCCAUCAGCUGUGGCAUCUACCGACUCGAGAAGGGCACUCCCCUCGUCUACCCCUACACCUACCAUGAAAUGAAGAUCAUUCUGGAGGGCGAGUUUGACAUCAGUGACGAGACUGGUCAAUCUGUACACGGUGUUCCCGGCGAUGUCUUCUAUUUCCCCAAGGGCAGUGUCAUCACCUUCACGACCAACUCCUACGGCCUGGCCUUCUACACUGGUCAACGUGUAAACGAUAAAGCUUAA